CCAAUAGCUACUUUCCUUACUGAGGGGUUGGAAACACUGCCUGAACCGGGCUUCGUGUUCAUUUGUCCUAUGCCUAGUAGCAGGCAGAAUCUUCUCGGGUCGGUGUGUUUAGUUUUCAAGGCAUCGGAAACUUUUGGUGAAAUACGAUCAGAAGUCAAUUUCGCUAAAAUGAAAUCGAGACUCCUCAGACCAGGCCACAUUCUUCCAGUCUUCAACUGUCCAAUUUUGCAGAGGGAGGACAAACCCAGCCUGCUGCUCUCCUUCCACACUGAGCCCAAACAAGAGUCACUGGAUUCUGAUUGUGAAACUCAAUGGGCAUUGGUGGAUUCAGAGAUGACAUCAUUGAAGCUGGAAGACAAAAGUCAAACGCUGGGAAGGAAUGUUACCAUUAAAGAUGAAGAGGAGAAGAAUGGGGUUAUCAUUAACAAUGGUGAGGGGAAUUUACUUAAUCAAGAUGGGAUUCCUGAAGUGGAGACUCUUGGAGAAAAACAACCGGAUGACUACAAUGAUAACUCUCAUCAAUGUCCCCAUUGUGAAAAACAUUUCUUAUCUCUAUCACAGUUAAAAAGACACAUUAACAUACAUACUGGGGAGAGACAUUACUCCUGUUCUGACUGUGGGAAGAGUUUCAUUAGAUCAUGUGAUCUUACUAGUCAUAAAAGACUUCACGUGGGAGGGAAACCGUACUCCUGUUCUGACUGUGGGAAGUGUUUCAUUAGACCAUCUGGACUUACUAGUCACCAGAAAGUGCACACAGAUGUGACACACAAACAGUCCUGUUGCUUAUUUGGUCAAACAUCACGUUUUCUCAUCCACACCAAGAGGCACACAGCUGUGAAAUCUCUCUCUUCUGACUGGGGAAGGGACUGGAAAGAUCAGAAUUAUAAAGUCUUAUUGCCAAGUAAGUUUCACAACAAACUAGGAAUUUGUUUUGGCCCAUUAGUGCAACAAUUUGUACAAAAUAAAUAAAUACAGUGGGGAGAACAAGUAUUUGAAACUGCAGAUUUUUUAUCAUAGGUACU